UUAAUAAUGGACGAAUGCUUUCACAAGACCAAGUGUGGACAACCAUUCCUUUUAUUAAAAGAUUCUGAGGACAAUGUAACUGUUGAGGCAUAUACUGGGAACAAUAAACUAUUUGGUGACCUUGAUCAGACUGUUCGAGAAUCUCACAAAAUCUCUGAUCAGGACUUAUGGAGUAUCCUGACGAAAGAUAGCACUAUCGACCAACAAUUCUUUUGGAAACUUGAUCACAAUCAAAAUAAAUUAACGUUGUUUCAAGAGUUAGGUCUUGAUGAGACCUCGACUAUACAAUGGGCUGUGUUUAAUCUGGAAAGAGAUGACCUGACAGUAGAAAGUGCUGUGGAACUUAUUAACAGGAUGAUGUCAGAGAUAUCUGAGACAAACAAGGCAUUAGUUGAUAGAGAUUGUGAAAUGAAGAUGCUUGGUGAUAGAUGUGAAGAAAUGCAGGCUGCCAUGAAUGAGCAUACUUCCAAAGCUGAUAUUAUGGAAUCAAACAUGUUUCAUCAUUUUACAGAGAUAUUAAAUUCUAAGAAGCGUAAGAUAAGACACCUUAACCAAUUGAUGGGACCUCCAAAGAGUCAGAUGGUGUUUCAAGCUGACUGAUAAUUCAGUCUCAAUAUUUGUGUACAGAAUCUGUAAAAAUUGUUUAUUUUCAUUAUCUGAAUUCGAAUAGUUGUUACUUGCACAGCUUAGGUAUUUGAUAAAUCAUAAUUUCUUUUCAAUGUAAUACAUGCAUAUUAUAUAUAUAUUUUCAAAUAACUCUAAGCUGAAUCUUAGCAUGUUAUGAGAAGUUCUUGGGUGCAUGAUGAUUGUUUGAUAGACAGUCUUUUAGUAACAAUAAAUGAUUUUAGGUUAUGAGUGCACAAGAAUGCUACGAGGAACCUGCACUGAAAAAACAGAAGCUAGAUCCUGAGAUUUCUGUCCAAGAGUCAAAAAAUGAGAAAAGUGAGAUACCUGUUAACAUUGCAAGCUCAGAAGAUCAUCCAAAACCUGUCACUCAGACUUUAACAGAUGCUGAACCUGAUAAAUGUACGCUAGAUCCUUUAGCAUACACAAAGACUGAGCAUUUUACUUCAGAAAUUUUCAAAAUUUGCAUGGAAAAUAUUCCCAAAUAUGCAAAUGCACCAGAUGUCAGAAAAUUUUUGAAAAAACAUGAUCUGGAAGCUGUUAAAGUAAAGAGGCCGUUUAAAACAUCAUAUGCAUAUGUGACCUUUCGUGAUGAAGCAACUAGGCAAAAGGCACUUGAAAAACUACAAAAUGUGCAGUGGAAGAAAAAUUCAUUAAAAGUUGAUAUUGCCAAACCUGAUGAGAACCCUUUUGCUCGUAAUGAGGCACGUGGAGAGAAAAGAUUACAAGACUUUCGCUCUGUAAGAGAAAAAACUGCUCCACUUUACGAAAUGACGCUCAGCGAGCAGUUAGAGUUGAAGUUAGGAGAAAUACAAGGAGUUUUAGAUAAUUACAAAAAGUUGCUAAAGCGGUCGUGGCAGGCUGGGUUCCCUGAAGAACACUACAGAUUUAAAAUAACGGAAAUAAAACAAUCUCCUGUUCUAACAGGAUACAGAAACAAAUGUGAAUUUACUAUAGGUAAAAACACAGAAACCAAUGAUGAAAACUGUAUUGGUUUUGUGAAAGGAUCAUACAGCCACGGUAACAUAUCAGUCCAGUCUCCUGAUGAAUGCAAGGAAACGUGUUCUGAGCUUAUGAUCGCGGAGGUAAAAAAGUUCAAAGAUUUUCUUUCUACAUCCAAAUUCCCCACAUAUAACAACAUUUCCAACACUGGUGUGUGGAAGGCAUUACAAAUCCGUACCACAGAGCAACAAGACAUCAUGAUAACACCUGUUGUAGACAAAAGAUCGUUAGACCCUGAGAUGUUAAAGGAUUUGAAGUUGUCUGUUAUCGAAUUCUAUUCCGAUAGACAAAAGUGCUCAGUUUUCCUCAAACUGGUGGGUGGCAAAGAAGAAGUUGUUCACCUCAGUGGACCAGAUCACAUGUUGGAGAAACUGUGUGGUUACGACUUUCAAAUAACAUCAGGCUCCUUCUUCCAAGUGAACACAUCAGGAGCGGAGGUGCUGUACAAGACAAUCAGAGAAACUGCUGAGCUGGAUGACAAGACCAUCUUAUUGGAUGUGUGCUGUGGAACAGGGACUAUUGGGAUUAUUCUGUCAAAGUACGUCAAACGUGUACAUGGCAUUGAAAUAGUUGAGUCUGCUGUUGAGGAUGCCAAGAAAAAUGCAGAGAGAAACAAAAUCAACAACAUUGCGUUUUAUGCAGGCAAUGCUAAGUCAGCUGUACCAAGGGUUGUGAACAACAUCAUAAAGUCACCAGAAACAAGGAUUGUAGCAAUUGUUGAUCCCCCGCGUAACGGAGUCCACGCUGACGUUAUUGCUUGCUUGAGGAAAAACGAAAUGAUCUCAGAGAUUGUGUAUGUGUCUUGUGACAUAAAACAAAUCUCAGACAACAUUGUCAAUCUGUGUUCACCAACUUCUAAUAGAUACCUAGGUGAUCCGUUCAGGUUUGUUAGUUGUGUGGCAGUUGAUCUCUUCCCUCACACCAAACGUUUUGAGGUUGUAUUUCAUUUAAAACGAUAGCACAUAUUAUCAUCUUAUCAAGUGUGACUUUUUGAAUUUUUAGGGGGUCGUAAAUUAUUGAAUAUGGUAUCUUUUUAUAACUUAUUAUUUUAUGAAGACGGAUUAUAAAUUUCAAGCCCUGUUUCAUUAAUCAUUAUAAAGUCAAGAAAUUUUCGUAAUUGAAAACCUGAAAUGAUGUUCUGCAAAUCAUGAUAUGUUAGCAACCACCUUACUAAGUUAUAAUAUUUCACUUCUGAAGAAUUGUCUCUGAUUAUCCAGGUACUUGAACUUAUGCAUAUCAAAUGUCAGAACCUUGUGCAAUAAUACUGAUAAACGGUAAAAGGAAAUGUGGGAAGGACUAUCUCGCCUUAGAAUUAGUGGAGAACCUGGGCCCUGCUGUGUGCGAAACACUCCACCUCUCCACAGAGAUUAAGAGAGAAUACGCACAACUCAACAACCUCGACUUUUCACUCCUCCUCACUGACUCCCCCUACAAGGACGUGUACAGGAAAGAGAUGAUAGCGCUUGGUGAAGCGCGGCGCGGCGCAGACCCCGGCCAUUACUGCCGGCUAGCUACAGAGCACGGCUCCAAGCAGUGUUGGGUAGUAGUGGACAAUCGCAGGGAAACUGAUAUCGAGUAUUUCAAACAGCAAUAUCCGGGGAAGUGUAUAGUAGUGAGAGUUACUGCUUCAGAGGAGAUUAGGAGGAAAAGAGGGUGGAGUUGGAAGAGUGGUGUUGAUGACGCGGAGUCAGAGUGUGGGCUUGAUAAACACGUACCUGAUAUUCCUGUGUGUAAUAAUGGGGACAUAUUAUCUGAUGGCUUCUUAGAAAGUGUGGAGCUUGUGGUUAGAUGGGUUAAGGAGAGGUUAACCAUUUGAGUUUUUAACUGAAUUACCGUAUCUUUAAAACUGCUAUCGUGAACAAUACUGUUAUUGACUUUUCUUCCAUAUCAAAUUCUAUGUCGACCGUACCUGUUUUUAACGUUAUGUUAACCGAGGCAUUCAUUCUUUCAUUAUUUUAAUAAUCAUUAAAUUAUAACUACUGUUCAUGAGAUCAUAUUUUUUUAGUAACCGUAAAACCCUUAUUUAAUUUAAA